AAUGUUGUGAUACAAUAGAAAUAAAUUAUUAACAACGAUGACGCAUUAAGGUUUACAUUUGCUGCAUCGCAUCGUUUAAAUUUCCCUCUUGGCGCCGGAGACAGCAAGUCUGAACCUUCGGCGGGCGUCGCAAUCGUUACAAAGCGCGUCGGUCUGCAUCGCUGGGCAUGCGCACUCUAACAAACCGUUCAAUCGGCUCAGGAGGAAGUGAGGAGAUUUGACGCUGCACACUGGCGAGUAGCAGCCGUUCCGCCGUCGCGCCGCACCGCCCUCACCCGCAGUCCUCCCGCCGCGCCGGUUCUGCGCGCUCCACGUUAACCGCAUCAUGGUAAUGGACAACCGAACGAAUGAAGAAAAUAAAAAUGAACAAGACUCGGCUAUAUUUGUCACAAAUUUCCAAAAUGGAGAGACAGUUAACUAUUCCCUUAUCCUAAUCAAGGGGCUAUUAACUAGCGGAGCUUGCAAUAAUAAAGAAAAAGUUAAAUGUUCUGUUUCGCACAACGGAAAUAAGAAUGAAUCCCUUUGGGAGAUUUACAAUAGAGAGUUCAAAAUAAUAGUUGAAUUAAAACGAGGUGAAAAUGAAGUCAGUAUAGAAUUUUCUUCACAAAAAAAGACAUUGUUUUUAGUAUAUGAACCUAGGCGAACAAAUCUUAAAGUAACACCUGUAUAUAUAAUUUGUCAAGGACAUGACGGAUGUUUUCAAAGUCCUUCUGAUGUUGAUAAUUCAAUUGAAAGCGCCUGCUCUCGUAUAUCACUUGGAGCUAAAUUAAUACAGAGCAUCACAGCUGAGAAACUUUAUGAAAGUGGAUAUGGAAGAAAAACAUUUCAGCUUGAAUACGAAGUUAACUCAAGAAAACCAGAAUGUAUUGUGUUUCGAAGCAAUUUGAACGUAAAUAAAGCAAGAAAAAUGAGGCAAGGUGAAUUAUGGUCACAUUUUGGUAGAGAACUAAUGCUUUCUGAUUUAGGGAGCAAUGAAAGAAAAUUCCUAGGGUUUAUUUCAUGUACUAGGUUUAAAGGUACUGAUAUAGACAAACAAAUGACUCACGAUGAAAUAGUUUCUUUGACAGAAGCGUACGCAGCUUUAGGUGGAGGUGGCUUAGCAUUGUUUGGCACCGCUUGCUUGUAUACGUGGCCCACAUCUGUUGAAGAAAUAACUCUAAGAUUUCUUGACGUUUCACCCGUUAAUUCUCGCCGCUUCAUGGAUGACAGUGGAUAUAGAGGAACAUUAGGUGGAUGUUUUGCUACAACUUUAGGAUCUGUGUUGCAUGAACUGGGCCAUACGUUCGACCUUGGUCAUACAAAAGAUGGUAUUAUGGGAAGAGGUUUUGACAAUCUCGAUCGCGUAUUUAUUGUUGGAGAAAGAAAAUCAACUGUAAUAAAAGACAAUAUGAAUAACUAUAAUGGUAAACCAGUUCAACAUUCUACGGUUUCUCUUCAACGUAAUAUCAGUGUAACUAUGAAUGUAGCAGAACCAUUACGAGUCUUAGGCCCACGAAGUAAAACUACAUUAGGUAAUUUUGCAUCGAUGUCAAAGUCUGAUAUUGUAAGACGGAGUCCAAACGUCACACCUAUAACAAGGCCAUCUAGUGUUUAUUCAACGAUUACCAAUAAUAGGCUUUCUGAGUCCAAGAAAAACCUCAAUCGCAAUAAUGGGAACGAUUCUACAUUUUGGACAAGGAACUGUGCAGUACUUUUGUCUUAUCAUCGUUGGUUUAACAAUGAGUAUGGCAGAGAGAGACAAGCUAUAACAAGAUACUUAAAAUUUGACAAAAAUAAAAUGAUGAUAAUAUCGACCGCCGGUAUACGUAUUGUUGAAGUAAGAGACGAUUCUAAUGGUAUGGUCUUAGAUUCGUAUGAAUUCACAAACCCACUGCCAGAAAAGCGAUUUUUAGUACCGUUUACUUUUUCGCCAAAAACGAAAGUGUUAACCAUUGUGGUUGAAGACGAUCUAGGAAAUGUAUUAAAACAAACAUUUUCCUAUUGAAACUUUAAAGUGUAGUACUAAGACUUUAAAUAAUUGAAAGAUAUUUGGUGUCACCGUUGACUAUAAAGUGUUAUUUUUCAUAACUUAUCUAAAACUCAAAAUUUCAUCUUACAAAGUUCUAAAUAAUAAACGUGCUAAAAGUGAAGACUAAAUGUUGAUGUUGUAUUUAUAACAAAAAACUUAACUGUAAUUUAGCUAAAAGACUGAUUCGAUUACAUGUUGGUCGAAAACUUUUCCAUUCGAUGGAUUUUCCAAACAAUUCUAUGUUAUGAACACAACUAGGGAUAUUUCUACAAACAUCACUUUAAAAGGUACUUAUAAAUAAUACAAUAGCUUUUAAAAUGCUUCUUUUUCUUUAUGUAUAAAACAUAUUUAGGUGUUAUAAUUAUUUCAUAUUAAAGUCAGAUUAAAACGACUAUGACUUGAUAUUCCUAAUCACUUAUUCCUACUUAUACUUUCGGCUAAACAAAACCUAAACCAGUAUUAUUUAACACUUUUAUUUUCUUGCUCUUACAAUAAAUUUCUAUUAUACUUUUAAGUUUUUUGCCCUUA